AAAAAAAAAUUCCUGACGUCUAUGUGUUAUCGGGCAGCUGCGGAGGUGACCCUCGGGUGGCUGCAAAGAUGGGAGGAAAUCUGACCAGGAGCUACUGGGGGGAUCCGAACCCCAGGACUAUGCCAGCCAGCCCUCUGGGGGAGCAUUUCGAGGAGAGGGUGAUGGUGGCCACUCAGGAACAGAUGAACCUUGCACAGGUGCCCCUGAAGCAGAGGGACUACUGCGCCCAUCAUCUCAUCAAAUACAUGAAGUGUAAGAGGGACAUGUGGCCAAACCUAUUCGGCUGUAGCCACGAGCGCCAUGACUGGGAAUACUGCCAGCAUGAAGAUUACGUGCAACGAAUGAAGCAAUACGAGCGAGAACGUCGUCUGGCAGAAAGAGCGAAGCGCAGGCUGGAGGUGGAGGCGGCAUGACGUCCUUUACCUGUUAUUGUAAAUUCUUUAAAAUAAAGAUGUCUGUCGGUGAGAUGAUGCGUUCAUCCUGCAUUAAAUGUGAAUCCUAUGGA